UCUCGGGUGACACUGGGCUGCAGCCUUCAUUCAACUUCACCAACACUGAAGGAAAGAGACCGACAGAGGGAGAGAAAGAGCAAAUUAGAGAAAGAAAGAAAGAAAAAAGUCAAGACUGUCAAUUUGCCAGCUUCUCAGAAUUCCUUCUCUUUUUUUUGGGAAAAAGAACUUCAGUGUUGCAAGCCUGUGCACCAUUCUCUCUAAAGACUUCCUACAUUAGAGCGUACAUACAUCAACUGCUCACCUGCGCCAGUGGCACGAAUCAAGAGAAACCUGCCUGUUUUUGGUAUUAUCACCAGUUCUCUUUUGAAAGAAAGGAAUUAACUGAAGAAGACUUUUAUUCAGUUUCCUCAAAAGAAAGUUUUGAAGAAGUGUAAAAUCCAAUGGCUGACCAUAUGAUUGAAGAAUCUGACUACUAUCCUGAGAAGGAUGAUUUAGAAUGGGGAUACGAGGAAGGUGUGGAGUGGGGCCUGUUGUUCCCUGAGGCCAACGGAGAGUACCAGUCUCCCAUAAAUCUGAAUUCCAGGGAGGCCCGCUAUGACCCCCGGCUCCUGGAGGUGCGGCUCUCGUCUAACUACGUGGUGUGCCGUGACUGUGAAGUCAUUAACGAUGGGCACACUGUGCGGAUAAUGCUGAGAUCAAAAUCAGUGGUCAUGGGAGGCCCUCUUCCCAGUGACCAUGAGUAUGAGCUGCAUGAAGUUCGCUUCCACUGGGGUAAAGAGAACCAACGAGGCUCAGAACACACUGUCAACUUUAAGGCCUUUCCCAUGGAGCUCCAUCUGAUCCACUGGAACAGUACACUCUACAGCAGCAUUGAUGAGGCUUUGGGGAAGAGAAAUGGCAUUCUCACGAUUGCUCUAUUUGUACAGAUAGGGAAGGAACAUCUAGGGCUGAAGGCAGUGACGGAGGUGCUACAGGACUUACAGUACAAGGGGAAGACCAAAACAAUACCCUGCUUUAAUCCCAACUCAUUACUCCCUGAUCCCCUCCUGAGGGAUUACUGGGUCUAUGAGGGCUCUCUCACCAUGCCACCCUGCAGCGAGAAUGUCACCUGGAUCCUGUACCGCUAUCCUCUGACCGUCUCACAGUUCCAGAUCGAGGAGUUCCGGAGACUGAGGUCCCACGUCAAAGGGGCGGAGCUCCCAGAAGGCAAUGAUGGCAUUUUAGGUGACAACUUCCGGCCGACCCAGCCCCUCAGUGACAGAGUGGUCAGGGCCGCCUUCCAGUAGUUACCACAGAUCCUGCACUUUAUCCAUCAUAAAUACCAACAAGCAACAAGAAGUAUGACAUGAUGGCUGUGAACUCUUCAGCAUCGGAUUUGAAUGUACCUGUUUACUAGCAUUUGAAUUUGAAGGUGUGUCUCUCCUGCUGAACAUGUAAAUCACAAAACAGAGUGACGGCAACAUUAGAAGAUGAAGAAUCCCAAAUUCUAAGCAGUACAUGAACUCUGAGAGGAUGACUUUACUAAUAAUACAUAGCAGAAGAGGUGAAUCCUAAAGCUCCCUAUUUGUAAAUGCACAGAUAAUGCAUUUUAGAUUAUUUUCCUCCCAGAGCUGAACAAUGAUAUCUGGAAGAAGUUUUGAAGAUAAAAAAGAUGUUUUGAAGAUAAAAUAACAGGAAAAAGUGAGCAAAGAAUUUAAGAAUGAUAACAACGA